CUUUGAGCCACGCUGUUUCAUCUGGUGCUAUCAGGGCUGAUAAGAGCCUCUUGUCUUUCUGGGUCUGCUGCAGCUGCUGUGUGCCUACAGAACAAAUUGAACAGGACUCUGAGCAGUCGCCUGAUGUUGUGCGCAUGCUACAUGUUAACCUGAGGAACAGUGAGUUUCUCAGCUUAUUCUCAGAAACAGGCAGGUUGAGUGUUACACGACCACAGGAAGUUUCUCAAUGCUGCACCACUUACUGGUUCUGGGUAGAUGUCUGUAUGUUGUACCUUACAGUUGCAGAGAUACUGAUAUAGGCUGUGAUGGCAUGUCUGGGCGGUGCUUUGUAAACCAGAACAAAGAUUUCUGUGAAUUCUAAACUUCUGUGUAAUGGUUUUAUCAUCAUGAUAUCCAAAUGGAUGUCAGUGAUUGUCAUGCUGGUGACAUUUGUGAACGGAGCAAGAAAUGAGGAUGGCAUACAGCCCUGUGCAAAGGUCCACACAUCCAGCUCAGUGGUACCUUUGGGAUCCCCUGUGACAGCUACUUGUGUCAUCAGAGAGGACUGCCCUCUGGUCACUGGACAAGCUGUUCACAUAGAGUGGCGCCUUGAUGAUAGGCUUAUUCCCAGCAGUCCAGAAGCCAGUGAGAGCAGCAGGGUUUCCAGAGCUGUUAUAUCAAGCUUCAAUCACACCCGAGCAAUCCUCACCUGCUGUAUCCAAGCCUCUCCUCCUCAAGUAGUCGCAGGCGUGGAGAUCCGAGCUGGAUAUCCACCAGAAGCACCACAAAACCUCACCUGUCAGACAAACCUCACCAACCCCAACACAAUCACCUGUAGCUGGGACCCUGGGCAGAGGGAAACCCACCUGCCCACACAGUAUUCCCUCCAUACUGAAAUAUGGGCUGAAAAUGAAAACUAUUCUUAUGAACUGCCACAAGGAGUCCAUCACUAUACGAUCCCUCGUUUUGAAUUUGUGUUGUUUUAUGACAUGAAGAUAUAUGUGAAAGCUGUGAAUGAACUUGGAGAGGCAACCUCAGCACCACUUGUUUUAGAACCUGUUAGUUCGGCUAAGUUUGACCCACCCAGUAUUCAAGUGAUUUCUAAAAGGUAUGGCUGCCUGAAGCUGAACUGGAAUUUGUCCCCAGACCAGGCCUGGCUCCAGGCUUGCGGGUUAUUAAACCUGGAAUACCGAUUUAAGUCUGUUGACAGCACACAGUGGAAUGACCCAGUCUUGGUUCAAAAUGCUAAAACACCUGUGGACAUGUGUCACCUGCUGCAUUGGACUCGGUAUUUUACACAGAUUAGAGUCAGAUACCAGCAGAGCCCCUGGAGUGAAUGGAGCAGCAGCCAGUCUGGUGUCACCUUGGAGAGUGCUCCCACUGGACGCCUAGAUUCGUGGAUGGAGAUAUCUGAGGAUCCCCUGCUAAAAGAACUCAACAUAAGCUUGUUUUGGAAGCCAUCAAAAAGAUUUCGUGCCAAUGGCCAAAAUGUGUCAUAUAUCAUCUUGGUGCAAAAGAGAGUGGUGUGCUCUACAAGGGAGAACUACUGUACUUUCAGUCUUUCUAGGAGCAUUAAGAAAGUGUAUCUAAAGGCUGUAAAUGCAGCAGGGAAAUCUUCUCCCACUGUAGUACAGAUUUACAAACAUAAAGCUCAUCCUGUAGUAUUAGAUGCCACAGCAGUCCCACAUGCAAACAAUUCAUUUCUUGUUCAGUGGAGAAGCAUGGAUUCCUCAGGACUCAGCGAUUAUGUGGUGAAAUGGAGACCUUUGUUAAAAUCAGGCCUCUCCCACAUCCAGUUUGACAUUGCUGGCCAAAACCAGUCCAGCAUUGUUAUAACAGGCAGCUUUGAGCCCUACAAGCCCUACGGGAUCUCUGUAUAUCCAAGGUUUACGGAUGGGAUAGGCCCUCCUAAGACAUUUAAUGCCUACUUGAGAGAAAAGGCCCCAUCCAUGGUUCCAAAAUUACAUAUUCAAAAGACCUGGAAUUCAGAUAUUAAGAUUACCUGGGAUGAAAUACCAUUAGACCAACGAAAUGGAAAGAUCCAAGACUACACAGUCUUCUACUGGAAUCCGAAGGGACCCGUUAACGUUGUGAACGUAGAUACAGAAAAAAGAAGUGUGAUCCUUAAAGACCCCAGUGUGCAUGGAGCUGUCUUGAUGGUUAGCACACUUGGUGGGAGCUUGAAUGGGUCAGCAGUUCAUUUUGAAUUUCAGCCCUUUGAUGAAGUCGCUAGUGCGAUGAUUGUAAUCGGAUCAGUUUUUGGACUUUCAUUGCUGAUUAUUUUCAUAGUCCUGACUUGUUUCUCCAAACAUGAGAGGUUUAAGGGGAUUUUUUGGCCAGUUGUUCCAGACCCAGCUAACAGCUUUGUCCUAAGAUUGACAUCAGAAUCAACACAGUAUACCCAUCCUUCAUGUGACAGCGAGGAUCCGAUAUAUUUGUCCCACCUCAGCUUUCCGGACAUCCCCAUGAAACUAAGCAAAGAGGAGGAUGAUCUUUGGAUAAACAGUUCAGAAGAGACCAGUGACCUUGGAGAGUCUAUUUGUGGUUCGCCGUUCACCACCGAAUACUCUGGCUCAAACAGUGACUCUGUUCCUUAUGCUACUGUGGUGUUCUCUGGUUUUUGUAACAGCCCACCGCCCAAAGAGCCUCAUGUCUACCUGCGUUCUGAAUCUACACAGCCCCUCUUAGAGGCAGAGGAACCUUUCACUCCGAAGUGUUACCAGAAUCUAGCACUAGGUGGAAUGACAGAGGAGCAGCAUUUUUUUGGGCCAAGCCAUGAUUGUGUACCUGAAGAAGUGGCAGACCCAGAGAGUCUUUGGGAUGACUUUCCUUUUCUACGAGCAUUAGCCAUGAAUGAUACUGAAAAUGACUAAAGCGCCAUUGGCAAUUACAAGUAGAACUGCUUUGUUGGAGGCUUACAUAGAUCUAAGUAUGAGCAUGAAUUUAAUGUGGUAAUGUACACAGCUGUAAAUAACAUGGCUACUAGCUAGAUUUUUUUUAAGCUGAUAGAAAUCAUGUUGAUAUUUACUGAUUAUCAUUGCAAGGUUUUUGUAUACUUUGUAAAACUUCUGCAGAAAAUGAAGUUUCUUUUUGUUUUUUGUUUUUUACUUUAAACUAUAUUGUUGAGAUUAUAUUUUUGUGG